AUGGCGCCUGAGGAUGAAAAGCACACAUCAUUCAGAACACCCAUCAGCAUUUUCUGCUACACAGUCAUGUCCUUUGGCCUGAAGAAUGCUGGCGCCACCUAUCAGCGGGCAAUGACUCACAUAUUUGAUGAUCUAAUACAUCAGAAGGUCGAGUGCUAUGUAAAAGACCUUGUUGUCAAGAGUAUGGAUCAAAGAAAUCACCUAGAAGAUCUUAGAAUUGUAUUUGAGAGAAUAAGAAAGUUUGAUCUGAAGAUGAACCCUCUCAAAUGUGCAUUCGGGGUCUCCUCCAGUAAAUUCUUGGGGUACGUUAUUCAUCAUCGAGGUAUAGAGACUGACCCCAACAAAAUUAAGGCGAUCACGGAGAUGCCACCACCAAGGAACCUUCGACAGCUUUGCUCCUUGCAAGGACAACUGGCUUUCAUUCAGAGAUUUAUAUCAAAUCUAUUGAUUCAAAAACUCCGCCAUUAUAUGUUAUCCCAUAAAAUCACUCUGAUAUCGAAGAUCGAUCCACUAAAGUUCUUGAUGAUAAGACCAGUAUUGACAGAUCGUCUAGCCAGGUGGGCAGUACUAUUACUGCAGUUUGAUAUCAUAUACAUGCCACAAAAGGUAGUGAAAGGUCAAGCAUUGGCAGAUUUUCUUGCUGCACAUCCGAUCCCAGCGGAUUCCCCACUAAAUGAUGAUUUGCCCGAUGAGCAAAUAAUACAGGUCAAGGAGGAUGAAAAGCUACCGUUCUGGGAGAUGUAUUUUAAUGGGGCAUCAUCUAUCAGAACUGUCCGACCUCCAAAUUUUGUAAGAGCUCGAGCCGGCAUUGGCCUCAUUUUCGUAGCACCGGAGGGAGGUAUAAUGAGAAUUUCAUUCAGUUUGAUUGAACCUCGGACAAAUAACGAAGCCGAAUACGAAGCUCUAUUAGCAGGGUUGGAGAUUGCGAUCGAUGUCAGAAUCCAACAUCUCCAAAUCUUCGGUGAUUCUCAGCUCGUGAUAAAUCAGGUCAUCGGUAUCUACAAGGUUAGCAAAGUCGAAUUGACCCAUUACCAUCGGCGAGCCCUCGAGCUUCUGAAGCAAAUACCAAAUGUUGAAAUAGCUCGAGUUCCUCAAGGAAAGAAUACUAAAGCAGAUUGUCUAGCCAAAUUAGCCAAAGAAAUGGCGAACAUGAAUGAGGAAAGUCUUAUAUUCAUCGAGGUUUACACUCGUAGGGUCUUGGAUCCCGCUCUAUUACAAUUCUUGAGGGCAGAAGGAAUUCUAGAUUCAAGUUAG